AUGGCUGGAGAAAGCGAUAUUGGUGAUUGGUAUAAGAAUAUCCCAUUUAUAACCAAGCAGUGGUUUACCAUGUCGGUAAUUUUGCCCAUGAUUGGUUGGUUAAAGAUCAUCAACCCGAUGUAUUUUCUCCUGAUAUGGUCGGAAGUUGCUUAUAAAUUUCAGUUACUGAUGACUCCAAUGGUCUUAAGCGUCCUUUAUGUGUGGUGUCAAGUGAAUCGAGAUGUAAUUGUGCAAUUCUUCUUUGGCACUCAAUUUAAGGCGAUGUACUUGCCAUGGGUAUUUGCUAUAUUUAACAUCGUCAUCAGGGGAUCCGGUAAAGAUGAACUAAUCGGAAUUUUUGUUGGCCACGUUUAUUUCUUCCUUGUCUUCAAGUACCCGCAAGAAUACGGUGGACGUCAACUCAUAGGAACACCGUCAUUUCUGUAUCGAUAUUUUCCUAGUAGGCGCGGUGGUGUUAGUGGUUUUGGUGUUCCACCUGCCAGUCGCAGACCCGAAAAUGAAGGCCAAGGCUUUCGGGGCCAUAGGUGGGGUACAGGACAAACACUUGGAGGCAAUUAA